CACUGACAUCUUCUUACAAGCAAUCAUCGCACAUGCAUAAUUUGACUGAAUCAAGUGUUUGUGAGUUUGUUGAUACUUCUAUAAAAAGCAAAUUAUGUAUUAUACAUAGUUGAAGAAUUUGAGCUUGAGCAGUCUGGCUUAUCAGAGUUUUACAAAAUGGCAAUAGGGUUUAUUCUUAGAGUAGUUUAUUUUCUAGGCUUUUUGUCUCUUUGUAAACUCAUUUGGAGUUUAAUACGGGGGAUAUGGGUCUUAUUCUUGAGACCGGCGAAAAACCUCAAGAAAUAUGGAUCAUGGGCUAUCGUCACUGGCUGCACCGAGGGUUUGGGCAAAGCUAUAGCCUUUGAAUUAGCAUCAAAGGGUCUUAACAUUCUGUUGGUUGGCCGCAAUCCUGAAAAACUCAAAGCUAUCUCGAUUGAGAUACGCCAAAGGUAUAAGUUGAUUGAAACCAGAGAUGUGGUUAUCGACUUCCUGAAACAUAGUGGCCAGGAGAUUGGUAAGUUGAUAGAGGAAGGUAUUGAAGGGCUAGACAUUGGUAUUUUGAUAAAUGUUGCUGGGUUGAAUUACCCCACUGCAAGGUACUUUCAUGAAGUUGAUGAAGAGUUGAUGCAGAGUCUUAUAAAGGUAAAUAUAGAUUCAGUAACCUGGAUGACCAAGUCGGUUCUUCCUAUUAUGAUUAGAAAAAGGAAAGGAGCAAUCGUCAAUAUAGGCUCUGGCUCCUCCGCUGUUGUUCCUUCAUCUCCCUUAUUUACUCUCUAUGCUUCUACCAAAUGCUAUAUUGAUCAACUAUCAAGAUCUCUACAUGUUGAAUACAAAAAGUACGGAAUUGAUGUGCAGGUUCAGGUACCAGCAUAUUGUGUAACAAAAAUGACGUUGAGAAUAGGAGCGACAAAGGAGCGUCCAUCUUUGUUUAAACCAAUGCCAGAAGAUUUUGCACGAGCUUCGGUUCGCAUGAUUGGCUAUGAACCAAGGUGCUGCCCUUACUGGACUCAUGCACUUCAAUGGUGUUUCACUAAAUUUAUGCCAGACACCGUCCUUGACGCUUUUCGUCUUGCUGAAGGCAUCCGCAGGAGAUCACUUGGAAACACUGCAUCACACAAAAAUUAAUUAAUACUAUUUUAUUUCUCCUUGUGUUGGCUGCUGAAUAAAUCCUCAUAAUAAAUGUUAAUCAAGUUUGGUGUGGGACGUGUAUAAGAUCCCGUAUUUGCUAAUUCGUUAUAUGAACUUUUUGUAGGUUUUCUCAAAGAUAAUAAGAUAUAAUUACUCUUUACAAGAUUAAUUAAUUACAAG